UUAUGAGAGAAGAGGGUAUCCAUUCUAGGUCAAAAACUAAUCGUAGGAGAAGCCAAAGCGAGGAACCAGAAUUCCUUAUCCAAGAUGAGAUCUUUAUUAUUAACAAGCACAAGCUAAAAAGCCCCAUUGAGGAUGACUUUGAAUAUGAGAUUCUUAUUGAUGGGUCAGAUACUUAUAGUGAUGGGAGGCAUCUUGAUGGCUAUCGUGAAGGCGACGACGAAAGCGACAAGUACUUCUGACCUAUUACCGGAGCACAUUUUGAGUACUCCGAAAUAAUUAGGAAGCUUAAAAAGAUAGCUAAAAGAUCAAAUGACCUAUCAUUGAAAACUAAGAAUUAAACUCACAGUGAGAGGAGAACUUACGAAGAGCUCUCUCGAUGAGGAUUUGAAGUUUAAAGAUAUGAUGAACAACAAAAUAUAUCAAACUCAGAGCAAGCUUCUUCAUACUGGGACAGUAGUAUCAACCAUUACAAAUCCCAGAGAGUUCGAGCUAAGGACUCUUGAGACCGUGGAUAACAAAGCACAUAACAAAAUAAUUGAAAAGGAGAACUCUUACCAGGACCAGUUCAAACUCUGCAGGAAAAGUAACCUCAGCCAGAUGGGUAAAUUAGGCAGCAAUUUUGCAACAGAGGAUCUCAAAAAUGGCAAGAAGCAAGCUAGUCCACUAGGUAUUUAUGCAGAGUCAGCUACUUUUGAUGAAUUUUGCAAAUCGAUUAAUGGGAAGUUCAGCACUAGUAUGAUAAAAGGAGCUAAAAACAAGAGAAUCUUGAUACCAAAAUAACUCAAUAAAAACACCGUCAAAGUCUUCAAAAAAUAAGGUCAAGAAGAGCAAACCCCGAAAGGGAGCUGAGUCUUGUCGGAUUGAGAAAUAUCUCAAGAAUGCUGAGAAGUUCAGCUAUCCUGGAAGUAGUCUCUCAAUUCAUCAUCCUGAGAGUACACAGUUUUCCACAAUUGAUAGUAAAAAGAUGAAGAUCUUUAAGAAGAACAAGAUUAUUAACAGUACAAAUUUAUCUAAGAUGAUCAAGAGGAAGAAGUAUACUAAUAAUAUGAAGUCAGGAGACUACCGCCUAGGAAAUGAAAUCAAUAUCACUAACUGUAAGAACUACGACAGAGUCAAUAUAAAGGGCCUUUUCAAAUCCAAAUGAAUUCCUGUAAAGACAGCCCUCCCCCAUAAUAGUAAGAAGAGAAGUAGCAGUAAGAGCAAGAGUAAGAGCAAAGGUGCGAAGGCUAAGUACCAGCUCUCGUCUUAUUCCGUCAAGCUGAAGAAGACAACAAAACAGGACCCUAGCCUUAAUGGGCUGAGUACUCGUGAGAAAUCGUCCAAGCUUUCACAUAUUUUUGACUUCAACAAUGUUAAUAAUUACAAAAGCGUCCCAAAGAAGAAGAUCAAUAAGAGGAGUCUGGAGAAGAAGGCUUUUAAGAAGCUCAACUUUAAGAAGAGGGUUAAGCAGAAAAACGGUACAUUUGACUUUAAUAACCUCCAAGUCCAAGGGACUGGUAAGAAAGAGAAACCUGCAUCCAAGUCAAGGUCGAAGAAGCGGCAAAGCUUAGAAGCUUGUAGAUAGAUUAGAUGAUAAUCACUAAAGUUCC